AUGACGACGAACAACAUUGAAGCACUCGACGACGAACAUCAUCACAAUUUAAUCGAAAAUGAGCAUCAAGAUUCACUGAUAACAUAUCUCAAUAAUACACCAAGUGUUGAAGAUGAGACAAUACCAUCAUUUGAAUGGCUUUUUGAAACAUUCAAGAAGUCAAUGAAAGGUAAAUGUCCAAUAACUAUAUUCAGCGACCAAGAUGCUGCAAUUGCAGGAGCAAUAAAAAAGGCUUUCCCAACCUCAAGACACAGGCUAUGUUUAUGGCAUUUGAGUCAAAAUGCAAAUCAACAAUUUGGAUUGAUGAAAGCUGAUAAGGAAUUCAAGAACAUUUUUCACAAGUGUCUCAGUGGUUGCAUUACAACAACAGAAUUUGAACAAACUUGGAGCACAAUGACAACAAAAUACAAACUAGAAGAUGAUCGCUGGUUCAACAGAUUGUAUAGUUUGAAAGAAAAAUGGUGUACAACAUUUAGCAAAGACUUCUUCUCUGCUGGAAUACUAUCUUCACAGAGAAGUGAAAGCGCAAACCAUGCUAUUGGGUUUAAGGCAAGCAAAACCACUAGCUUAAGUGACUUCUUUUCAAUAUUCCAACAGACAGUAAUAAGGUGGAGAAGACAGGAAGAAAGGGAUGAUUUUGACUGUACAAAAGGAAUACCAAAAUCAGAUCUCUGCAUGAGUCCACUAUUAAAACAUGCUGCUUUAGUGUACACACAUACUCUUUUCAGAGAUUUUGAGGAUAAAUUCAAACAUGCAAUGGCAAGUGCAAUUGAACUAGUUGGUACACAAGGGAACACUCUGACAUACAGAGUUUUCCUCAAUGGCAUUGAUGGUUCUUCUCGAUCAACAAGUCUCAUUCAAUUACCCAGAGAUGACAAUUGA